AUGGAGAGAAGUGCUUUGGAAAAUUUAAAUAUACUAUUCAUCGAUGUCGAUUUCGAUCUCGACUUCGGUCCCAAUGAUAGUACUACAUAUGCUUCAGAAAACAAACCCAGAUGGUACGAAGAAAGUAUCUCAAACUUACCAAGAUCCCAUUACCAUGUCUUAAAUAGUGAUGAUAUCCCCGUACUUUGGCCUGAAUUUACAUUCAAUGAUUGGAAAAAAUGGUUUUUAGAAAAAUUCAACCAUCAUCAAGAAGAAAUUCAUAUCAUUGUCUCAAAUACAAUUAAUUUACCAUUUUACAAAAUGGUAACAUAUGAUCUUAUGAUUCCCGUAGUAUCAAUCUAUUGGUUGGAACAAGUUCUUGCCAGAUCAUCAGCACUAGAUAAUGCCAAUACCAACAACACUAAGUUAUUUUUGAAAUUUAACAACUUUUCUCCAUCAGAUGGUAAUCAAUUAUUACCAUUCAAAGAUGAAAUCUUUUACAUCUCCAAGUCAUCUGUCACUAAAUUGGAAUACAUUUUCUAUUCUAAAUUAAUUCAAUACAUGGGAGGUACUAUGACUGAUUUACUAUCAACAUCUGUCACCAAAAUAGUUACAAAUGAUCCAAAUGACAUGGUUUGUACCACGAUUAAUUCCAUGGAAUAUCAUGACGACCAUAAGAACAUAACUUUAUUCAAAGAGAAAUCAAAUAUAAUGUUCAUCUUACCAUGUUAUAUAAUCUAUAUUUUCCAGAAAAUUAUAUUGUUUCAAGAUCAUAAUGACGAUAAUAGUAAUGAUACAAUCCCAAUUGAAGAAUUUAAAUUGAACUCGAAUGAAGAUGACUUCAAGAAAUCACUGGUUAAAUCAAAUAAUUUAUGGAAACAAAUAUUGAAACUUAAAAAAAAUACCACCUCAGGCGAUGGUAAGAAAUCACAAAUUUUUAAAAAUCUUUAUGUAACAGUUUCCAAAUCAAUGAGUAAAGAUUUCAAUAUAAAUCUACAGAAAUUCAUUACAAAAUUAAUAAGGUAUCAUUAUGGGAAAAUCACCACAAAACUAACAGAUCCAAGAACAGACACAUUAAUAACAUCUACAGCAAUGGAUCCAACAUAUAAAGAUUGCCUUUCAACCAAUGCGAAAAAUAAAUGUAACUUCAUAGGAACACCAUUUUGGAUCCUUGAUAUGCAUUAUCAAGCAACAUUUAGAUCACCAUUAGAGAACAUUUUUUGGUCCCCCAUUAAACACUUAUCAUCUUCAUCUUCAUCAUCAUUGAAGAAGAAAAAUACGAGAUUUAAUAUCUCAUAUACGGGAUUCUUCGGAUUACAAAGAUUGUAUAUACAUAACUUAAUACUAUUAUUGAAUGCUAACCCGAUGCCUCAAUUAUCAACAAAAUUGACCACUCAUCUAAUUUCUAAAUUUGAUCCCAUUGAAACCCAUGAUAACAAUAAAAAAUUGAAAAUUGCAACUGCCCGUGGUAUCAAGAUUGUAAGUUCAUUUUGGUUAGAAGAUUCUUAUGUCAAGAACAAUGGUCAAUUGAUUGAUGAGUCGCAAAUUUCAAAAUAUCAGGAGUUUCAUUCUAAGAGAGUUUUGGCACAGAUUCAUAUGAAUGAGACAACAUAUUUAUUGAGUGCAAGUAUCAACGACAAAGAUGAAGGGAAGAACACCAAUAAUGAUGAUGGAAUGCAAACAGAAAUACAAGGGAUACUUCAGUCUAUUAACGAGAAUAAUGAAGUUUAUUCUAUGGCCGAAAAUAUUGUGAAGGAGUCAAAUGUUGUUGCAUCAGUCAUUGAUAAAGAGAAAGAAACAGAUAUCGAGAUCGAUGAUGAUUCUCUUGAAAAGCUAAGGGCUGUAGAACCAAUAACUAAAGAUGCAAAUGAUGAUGGUCUCCAGACAGGAAGAGUUGCUAAAUUCAGAUAUGAAGGGGAGAAAGAUAAUUCAAAGAAGCAAGAAAGAAUCGUUGAAUCUAUUAACGAAGAACAACAGGUUGCGGAACAAGAACAUGACAGAAUAAAUGAGGACGAAGAUAUUAUAAUAACUCAAGAACUUCUUGCCCCAUUAAUUGAACAUGAUGAAAUGGCUGUUAAUGUUCAUGUUGAUGUAUCGCGACAAUUAAAUAUUCAAGAUGGUGAGUUGGAAGUAAUAUCAUCAUCACAAGAUUCUCAUUCAAAUGAUGUCAUUUCUAAUAAAGUCAUUGAAGGAAAAAAUGAAACAGAAGAACAAGAUGAUCAAUCUAACGAUGAUACUAACAGAAGUCAUAGUCACUCUAAUAUAGUUACCUCAUCGCCUCCUAAUGCAGCAGUCGAUAAGCCAGUGUCCAAUAAUAUAAUGUCGACGAACAAGCUCAAAAAGCCAUCUCCAUCUACUAAGAAUGAGCUUGUUGUCAAUACAUCCCUAGAGGUUGAAACCACUCCUCCCAUGGAUGAUAAUGAUAAUAGUAGUACAACUACACCAAUUUAUUCCAUGUCCUAUCCUAUUCAUGAUGAAAGGAAGGACGAAAGGGACAAAGCCAGUACUAUAAGUGAAAGCGUAAAGAAUAUCUUUACCGAGACACCCAUACCGACUUUGGCACCUUUGACUUCGAAGGACGAUAGUAAUCAUGAAAAUUCUAGUAUUACUGAUAAUAUAGUCGGAAGGCAAGAAGAAAUGGAUGAUAAAUAUCCCAUUGAGAUGGAAAAUGCACAUAUUACAGAACAAGAGGCCAAAUGGAAUAGAUUGAAGAGAACAUACUCAAUUUCGAAGGGAAAAGAAGGCAAUGAGUUUGAAGAUAGUGAUAGAAGCAUGACUAAACGAACAAAGAAAAUAAAAUCUGAUAAAAAAAACUCUGAAUUUGAGGAUGAUUCAGAAAUCGACAGAUAUUUAUUUGAUCAUUUAUCCAAAGCUGCAUUCCUUCAUUUACCAUUAUAUGACAUUGAUGCUAUCCCAACUAAUUGUCUUGAAGAUAUUACUCCAUUUGAAACCAAAGUGUUAAACCGACUUGGUAUAAGGAUUUAUUUUACAAUUAAUUCAGAAAACAUGAAUACAUUGAAUGGUAUUAUAGCGCCAAAGAAAUCAAGAACUAUCAAAUUUUUGAAAAGUUAUAGUUUCCAACCGUUACGAUAUUUAUUACUACCCAAUUUCAUUUAUGAUGUAUUGAAGGCUUUACGCCAGGGCAAGAGAAAAGAUGAUAAGAAGAACCAUCAUUAUAAUAAACUAAUAGAACCAAGUGGUGUUAUCAAUGGAGACGAAAGUGAUAGUAAUAACCUCAAUGUUGAAUUUGUUGAUAAAUAUUUUAUUCCAAAUCUUGAUAUUCCUGCUCAAAAAAUUUAUGAAAUGACGCAAUUAAAGGGUAAAUUGUUUGAAAGAUAUGGAAUCACUAAUGCGAAUAUUUUCCAAGAUAUUACAGGUGGAGUGGAAACUAUAUCAUCAAUAUUACGAUCACAUGGGAUACGUCACAUCAAUGUGUUAAAGAAAAAUACGAAUUUCGCUAAAUCCGAUCUAAUGAGAAACGUUCAAGAAAGUAAUAAUGGUAGUAUUGAUAUGUUGAGGUUAAAUCCAAGAACCUACGGGGAAAAUGAUGAACCAAAAGAACAAGUAAAUGUUGAAUAUUUGUUAAUAGCUCAGAAAUCUUCCCAAAUCAAGGCAUUCAAGCGUGUUAUGACUAAAAGCCAAAGUGGCACAGAUUAUAAUGGUGACGGUAAUAACAAUAUGAAAGACGCUGCACAAGAAAGUGAAAAUGAUCGUCAACAUGUCAACGAAGCAAGCCAAAAUGCUAGUAGCGAAGACGCAAUGGCGACUAUCAAAAUGACCAGAGUGUCAAUGGCUGUUGAUUGGAAUUGGUGUGUUAAUUCCAUUUUUUCAUUAAGUUGUGACUUCAAACCCGAUAACCCCCAUGUAUUGUACGCACUCCGGAGUCCGGAUGAGCCAAUCAAUUGA